AAAGGCGGUCUAGAUGCACAGAAGGUGCAAGCCUGAGCUCAGGCAGAACUUCCAGAGUGCAUCUGGGAUCCGCAUUUGCCACUGGCUGCAGAUCAGGCGGAUGAGGAGCCGGGAAGGCGGAGCCAUGUGGCUGUCCCCUGCUCUGCUCCUUCUUAGCCUCUCAGGCUGUUUCUCCAUCCAAGGCCCAGUGUCCGUGAGAGCUCCAGAGAAGGGGUUCGUGAAGGUGCGGUGCCACUAUAAGCGAGGAUGGGAGACCCAUGUCAAGUGGUGGUGCCGAGGGGCGCGCUGGGCCUCGUGCGAGAUCCUCAUUCAAACCAGAGGGUCAGAGCAAGAAGAGAAGAAGGACCAUGUGUCCAUCAAGGACAGUCAUACAGACUGCGCAUUCACUGUGACCAUGGAGGGGCUCAGGGAAAAUGACUCAAACAUUUACUGGUGUGGGAUUCAGAGACUAGGACCUGACCUUGGGAUUCCAGUGCAACUGACUGUUGACCCAGAGGGAGCAGCUUCCACACCAGCAAGCUCAUCUGUCAACAGCAAUAUCAGGGUGUCCAUCAGCUCCCACAAGAGGAACCACUACAUGCUCCUGGUAUUUGUGAAGGUGCCCAUCUUGCUCAUCUUGGUCGGUGCCAUCCUCUGGUUGAAGGGGUCUCAGAGGGUCCCCGAGGAGCCAGGGAACCAGCCUAUCUACAUGAACUUCUCCGAACUUCUGACUAAAGACAUGGACGCUUAGAGAGAUGGAUCUGCAGAGCCUUCCUGCCUUGGAACACGUUUCCAGAAGAGACUUGGGCUGUGGAAGGAACAUCUCUGAGUCCUCGGGAUGUGGCAACUGAGAUAGGGGCCCUGGGCUCUGCCCUGGCCUUGGAGUUGGUGGGCACCUCCCUGCCCACCAGGGUCGGGGUCUUUCCCAAGCCACCAUCACCUCCUGGGGUGCCAGCACCUGUUCUCUUGGUCAGGAGCUGCAGAGAUGGAGCUCAAGCCUGGAUGACUGUGCCCCCACUGCUGGAAUAAUACUGGCACAGAGCAUGGGACCAAAGUACAGAGAGAGGUUGGGGGAGACCCACCAGCUCUAGACUUCCAUCAUCCCAGAGACAAACUCAACACCAUCUUUGCCUUAGAGCCUGAUAUAUCCAUUUUUUAAAAAUAUUUUUUUCUAGCAAAGUUGGGUUUUAAUAACUUGUGUUCAUAAGAAACCUAUCUGAUCCCACACACAAGGAGAGUGAUUCUGGGAUGAGUUCCUGGUUCUAGGGCAUGAGGGGCUGGAUGGACCCUUUCCCCAGGGAGGACAUGGGUCUGAGUCCGCGGGGCUGAGGAGGCAAUGGGAACCUCCCCCUCCCACCUCCUCCUCCUCCUGGCUCCCCAAGCUCCCUGCCCACUCCCCCACCUCUAGGGGGCUGCAGCUUGGGAGCCUCCUCAGUGUGACAGCUCGGGUCUCCUCCCUAAAAGAGCCUGUUGGGCCUCAAGAACCACCUCCAGGUGGGGAGGGCAAUAACAAAAACCUUCGCAGGAAAUGGCACCCUCCCUUUUCAGCAAUGUUGAAAUCACGUUACUCAUGAAAAAUGUCCUAGGGAAGUGGUACUGUGUCCUUGCACGCCUCACCCACGGCGAUGAGGCCCUCAAAUGUGGUCACUUUGUGCUGUAUGGGUGAGGGACCCUCAUACCAAAGGGACCUUCACUUCUUGUGAGGAGAACCAGCCCCAUGUGAGAUGCGCUCCCUCCCCCACCUGCCCACAUGCAAACAUACCACACAUGUUCAGCAUGUUGCGCUUUGAACACCCAUGAAGAUGCCUCCCUCCUGCUCUUGGUUCUAAUAGGGAGCCCUGACUGUCAGCAGUGGAUAAAGGAGAGGGGCCCUCUGGUCGCUAGCAUGGCAACCGGAGCCUCCCCUUCCCACUGCGACUCUUUAACCCCCUUUUGUUGUCCUUCAGCCAAAGAGAAACUUUCUCUAAUUUUCAACUGAAUUUAGGGCUCUGGACAAUGAUGGGCCUGAAAAUUCCAUAAUGGCCAGAGAGGAGAGUUCGAGCUGGGCUAAGACCCCCUGAAUCAUUCUGUGGGGGAUCAAGACCCACAGUCCACCAGCCCCAGGGCCCCGCCUCCUGGAAUGCUCUCCUGGAUCCAGCCUCCCAAAGAUCCGGCCGGACCCAGGGAGGACCGCACCGCUUCACGGGAGGGAAAGCCAAAGCACGAUGCUUCGCCAGCUGGAUUCAAAGGGGCGAGGGGCCAUUGGCACUCGUCAAGGUGAUGUCAUUAUUUUCCUACCGUGUCUUCCUGUUGAUAUUCAAUGAAUCCCUCAAUCUCUCUGGAGCUAGUGUGGCUGGGUUGUUAUUCUUGUGCCUCCAUCAAGGAGAAUCCACCAGAGUAAAGUAGGCAUCUAUUGUCUGUCUGCCCACCCAGCACACACGCCCUUACACCACCACCCACGUACACAUUUCUAGGAAAUAUCCCUUGGGAUUCCAACGCAAGCUGACAAGCAAAGCUUGCCUAAUACACCCAUUCUCUGGGAUAGGGAGAAAGACAGAAAGUCAAUAAAUGAGCCACUAGUGCUGGCAUUGCAUUUUA